AUGGCAUCUGAUUCAUCAUCAAUACUACCUCAUGAGGCUAUCCUGGGAUUAACAUUAUAUUCUGAUGAUGAGGACAAAUCAUCGCAACAACAGGAACCAAAACAACAAGAAUCAAAUUCCACAAUAACCCCAUCUAAGAAAAAACGACAACGGAAAAUUCAAACAGAAGAAGAAUACAAUUAUCAAUUAAAUAGAUGGAGAGAAACGGGACCAAUGAUAAAUACAGACACAUGGUUAAAUGAACUUAAUUUAGCUGAUCUUGAUAUUAAUGAUAAACUAGAUCGAGUUAAAUUGUUACAUGUGUGUGAAUUGCAUUAUUAUAAGAGAGAUUAUUCAACUUGUUUAAAAGUAAUCAAUAUAGGUGAGUCUUUAUACGGAGUAGAUUUAAAUAAAGUGGGUCAUAAAAUUAAACAGCUACAUGAUAAACAGAUGAUUGAAGAUGAAGAUGAUGAAGAAGAAGAAGAAGAAGUGAAAUGGGAUAAAAAUAUUGAAAAAAAUAUAGCAGAAUUAUAUCAUAUCAAAAUGAAAUGUCUUGCAAAAUUAUCAUAA